UUCGACCUGAAGUUGCCUUCAAUCGUGGUGGUGGGAGACAGAAAAUUGAAGAUUGAAGAAGAGAACUGUCAAGCGUAUAGAUUAUGACGUACCAGUGCAGAUUUUAUUUGUGUUUAGAAGAGUUUAGAAAGCUAACGUCGAAAUGAAGCUGGUUCAUAAAUAUGUGGAUCGCGAUGGCAAAGGGGAUAUGAGUUUUAUACCUGAGGAGAUGGAUGAUAUUUGGCACGCAUACAAUUUGAUAACAGAAGGUGAUGUGGUGCGAGCUUCGACUGUUCGAAAGGUGAAUUUGGAGUCGAGCACUGGAUCGGGUACGACGUUCCGUACAAGGACCACUCUUACUGUAUCAGUGGAGAGCAUCGAUUAUGAUGCGCAAGGGUGCAAGCUGCGUGUGAAGGGGCGCAACAUGGAAGAGAACGAGUACGUGAAAAUGGGAUGUUACCAUACGCUCGAUUUGGUGCUGAACAGGAAGUUUACGUUGAUGAAAAUGCAUUGGGAUUCUGUGGCGUUGGAGAGGGUGGAGAUAGCCUGCAAUCCUACACAGAGUGCCGAUGUUGCAGCUGUGAUCAUGCAGGAGGGAUUGGCGUUUGUCUGUCUGAUCACCUCGAACAUGACUUUGAUGAGGACCAAAAUCGAUGUGAGCAUCCCGAGGAAGAGGAAAGGCUUUGUGCAGCAAUACGAGAAGGGAAUCUCAAAGUUCUACGAUACCAUCAUUCAGGCCAUCCUCAGGCACGUCAAUUUCGAUGUGGUCAAAUGUGUGCUGGUCGCAUCGCCCGGUUUCGUGAAGGAUCAAUUUCACGAGUACAUGAUCCAGCAGGCGAUCAAAACGGACAACAAGGUGAUUUUAGAUAAUAAAGCGAAGUUCAUGCUGAUACAUUCGACAACCGGCUUCAAACAUUCUCUGCAAGAUGUUCUUCAGGAUCCUGCCGUGGUCAACAAAAUCGCCGACACGAAGGCCGCCGGUGAAGUGAAAGCCUUGGAGCAGUUCUACACGACGCUUCAAUGCGAACCGGCCAAAGCCUUCUACGGCAAGAAACACAUCGAGGCGGCCAACGAGUCUCAGGCCAUCGAAACUCUCUUAAUCUCCGACAGUCUAUUCAGAUCUCAGGAUGUCAAUUUGCGAAAGGAAUACGUGAAGAUCGUAGAUAGCGUGCGUGAAUCGGGUGGAGACGUCAAGAUAUUCUCCUCGUUGCACCCGUCCGGAGAACGUUUGGAACAGUUGACUGGAUUGGCUGCAAUAUUGAGGUUUCCGAUGCCCGAGUUGGAUGAGGACGAUGAGGAGGAUAGCGAAACCGAAGAAUAGGCGAAUUAAAUUUAUAUAUAUAUAA